GAGCCCGAGCCGGAGCCCGACCGAGAGCAGGUCUCGGGGGCUCCGGCUGUGGGGACUGCUGGGCCUGGCAGCGAUGGCGACCCUGUGGGCCGGCCUCUUUCGUCUCGGCUCCAUGCUCAGCCUGUCCUGCCUGGCGCUCUCGGUGCUGCUGCUAGUGCAGCUGUCGGACGCCGCCAAGAAUUCUGAGGAUGUCCGAUGUAAAUGUAUCUGUCCUCCCUAUAAAGAUAAUUCUGGGCGUAUUUAUAAUAAGAACAUAUCCCAAAAAGACUGCGAUUGCCUUCAUGUUGUGGACCCCAUGCCUGUGCGGGGGCCUGAUGUAGAAGCAUACUGUCUACGCUGUGAAUGCAAAUAUGAGGAGAGAAGUUCUGUUACAAUCAAGGUUACCAUUAUAAUUUAUCUCUCCAUUUUGGGCCUUCUGCUUCUGUACAUGGUAUAUCUUACUCUGGUUGAGCCCAUACUGAAGAGACGCCUAUUUGGACAUUCACAAUUGAUACAGAGCGAUGAUGAUGUUGGGGAUCACCAGCCUUUUGCAAAUGCCCACGAUGUGCUGGCCCGCUCCCGCAGUCGAGCCAAUGUGCUGAAUAAAGUAGAGUAUGCCCAGCAGCGUUGGAAGCUUCAAGUUCAAGAGCAGCGAAAAUCCGUCUUUGACCGUCAUGUUGUCCUCAGCUAACUGGGAAUCGAAUUCAAGGUGACUAGAAAGAAAUAAGGCAGACAAUGGGAAAAAAUUGACUGAGUUUUCCUGGGUUUUGUUUUAAUGCCCUGUUGAUUUCACUAACUCUUGCUGGAAAAUUCAAAACUGGAAACAAAAACAUGCUUGGUAUUUUCUUUUCUCGUUAAUGUAUUAAUGGAGGCAUUUUUUAAAGCACACGCCUCAAACAACGUUAUUCUUUUCCUGUUUGUGACUUUUACUAAUAAAAAUAUGUCUGCCUGUAAAUUAUCUUGAAGUCCUUUACCUGGAAAAAGCACUCUCUUUUUUACCACACAGUUUUAAUUUGGUUUUCAAGAUAAUUUUCAGGGGUGGUUUUUGUGUGGUGUUUUUUGUUUUUGUUUUUGUUUUUGGCAGAGUAGGGGAGGGACACGUGGGAAGGGCUUAACAUAACUUUUCUCAAGUCACUUUACUAAACAAUCUGUUGUAAAUAGACUUUGCCUUUUAUUUUCAAGUUUCAUUCAUAUUUUGAAGUCUGCCAGCCUCAUCAAAGCCCUGACUUACCUAUUUGAAUUUUGCACUGACUAUAUUGUCUGGACAUCUGGUUGGCCUGUGGCUGCACUUCAUGGUAAAUUGGAUCUGAAAUGCCUGGUGGCUCUUCACAAGAUGCAGAUUUUCUUCAUGUACUGUGAUGUCUGAUGCAAUGCAUCCUAGAACAAAGUGGCCAUUUGCUAGUUUACUCUAAUGAAUAAACAUAGUCUUGGUGUGUGGUCUUUCUCAUCUUCUUCUAGUAUCUUUAAGGAUGAAUCCUAAGGACUUGGACACUUGCAAUAAAGAAAUUUUCUUUUAAACCCAAGCCUCCCUGGAUUGAUGACAUACACAUAUUUGUCAGCAUCUCCAGUCAGGUUGAGAGGCAGCUGUUUGAGCUGUAGUGUGUACAGCUUUGAACUAGCACUGGAGUUCCAGUUGCCUCCCUCUGAAAGGUAUAGCAGUUAUUGGAUAACUGGCUUUUUUCUUCCUAUGUCCUCUUUGAAAUGUAACAAAAAUAAUUUUUGAAAAA